CGCUGCAGGGCAACACCCCGGCGUCCCUGGAAGCGGGGAGCCGGGGUGGUGCUGGGGAAGCCUGCGCGGGGCCCGGAGCCAUCGGCCGGAGCCUCUGGGAGUUGCGGGGACAGGCGUGCACGCCCACACCCAUCAUGGCCGGAAGACCCAUCCGCAUAGGAGACCAGUUGGUUCUGGAGGAAGACUAUGAUGAGACCUAUAUCCCCAGUGAGCAGGAAAUUCUUGAAUUUGCUCGGGAGAUUGGCAUCGACCCCAUCAAGGAGCCGGAGCUGAUGUGGCUGGCUCGGGAGGGCAUUGUGGCCCCACUGCCCAUGGAAUGGAAGCCAUGCCAGGACAUCACAGGAGACAUUUACUACUUCAAUUUCUCCAACGGGCAGUCAAUGUGGGACCACCCAUGUGACGAGCACUACCGGAGCCUUGUGAUCCAGGAGCGGGGGAAGCUGUCAGGGUCUGGGGCCACCAAGAAGAAGGACAAGAAAAAGAAAAAGGAGAAGAAAGACAAGAAGGACAAAGGGACCACUAAGAACGCCCUGGCCCUGGGUGCCCCACUUGCCCUCACGCACAUCCCCCCAGGGGGCCUGGCCCCGCUUCGAGGCCUGGGGGAUGGGGCGCCCGCCAAGCUCAAACGGAUGCCGAGCGAGAACCUGGGCAGCUUGACUGAAUCGGAGCAGCCUGGAGACCUCCAGCAGGCUCUCAAGGCUUCAGCUUACCCCAAGGGUCUCUUGGGCUCCAUCCAUGAGGACAAGAUUGCCCUGGGCCUGCUGGGGCUGGAGGAGGAAGCCCCAGAGGAGGACGAGGCAGACGGUGACCUCCAGAGUGGCCGCAGCUCCAGUGACCUCCUUAAGAACCUGCACCUGGACAUUGGAGCGCUCGGCAGUGACUUUGCCUACGAGUCCCCGCAGACGAGCCAGCUGGAGAAAAAAGACACAUCUCGGGGCUCCGAGGCCACCGGCCCCCCUCUACCUGUCAAGCUUUCCUGCCAAGGGGCAGACAGUAGCCUGGGCAGUGCCAGCAGCAAAGGCAGCAAGGGCAGCUCAGGAAGAGGGCAGAGUGCCUGCAUCCCCGAAAAAGAAAGGAGCGAGAAGAAUGAGGCUGGCACUCUCAGGAGCCUUGGGACCCCAGACCCGGACCCUGGGAGCCAUCAGCCAGCCCAAGCCAGCACCAGGGAGAUCCCAGAGAGCCCUGGGGAUGCAGGGAAAGAGGGUUCUAGAAAUGAAGAGGAAGCCAAGGUGUCUUCCCACCCCAGAGCGAGCCUGUCGGAUGUCAGUGAGGACCUCAGUGAACAUGUGGAAAAGCUUCGUCUCUCGGGCGACUCUUCUGACCCCAAGUCCUUCCUGGGCCCGGACUUAGGCUUCCGCAGCCAGACCCCAGAACACCUGCUGGGCAUCCACCAGCUCACCCCAGCACUGAACAGAGACAGUUGGGAGCCUCACAGGGUAGGAAGAGACAAGGAUGGCGGCCAGUCUGGUAGGGAGGAGUGGCAGAGCCAGCUAACCAGAGGCUCAGAAAGCAGGUCAUCGAAGCUGCCACUAAGUUCUCUGCACAGCCGGACCCCUGAGGAGCAGCCUCCAGAGCAGGAGAGGGCCGGGAGACCUGUGGAUGCAGCCGGCAGCCCCCUCCCAUUGGUCUCCCUGCAGAGGGAGGAAGAGACCCCCAGCCUGCCGGGCUCCCUGCUGUGGGCCCAGGAGCAGCGCUUGCAGGCGGAGGAGCCCGAGAAGGGCCCAGCUUGCCUCAGCAGUCCCUCAGCAUGUCCGGAGGUGCAGCCCACUGUGCCAUCACCAGUGGCUACCCCAGGCCUGCUCCCAGAGACUAUGGCACAGGAACUGGAGCGGGAGGAGCGGCGGCUGCUGGAGCUCAGGCAUGAGAAACUACAGCAGCUGCGGGAAAAGCUGCAGCAGGAAGAGGAAGAGGAGAUGCAGAAACUGAGGCAGCAGCAGGAGUCGUCGCUCAGCACCCUGAAGGAGCAGCUACGGAGAGUGGCUUGCGAGGAGGAGAGGCGGUUGCGGGAAGAGGAAGACCAGAAACUCGCACAGCUACGUGUCCAGAUCCAGUCUAACACGGCUGCCGACGAGAGCCAGCUUAGGGCCCAGCAGGAGGUGGCUCUGCAGCGGCUCAAGGAUGAGCUGGAGUUGCAGAAGGAGGCCCAGCGGGCCUGCCUGGAGCAGCAGAACCGGCAAGCUCUGGAGCAACUGCGGGAGGAGAUGGAGGCGGCCACACAGCGGGAACGCACCUUCCUGAGCACUGAGAAGGAGCAAGCGCUGAAGCAGCUGCAGGAGCAGCUGGAAGGGGAGAGGAGAGGAGCAGUGGCAGCUCUGGAGCGGACCCACCAGGCCAAGCUGGACCGUCUCUCUAAUUCCUGGGAGUCCGAGCACAGAGAGGUGGCCUCGGGCUUCCGGAAGCAGAUGGAGGAGGUACAGCCACCAGAGGGGGAGCAGCAGCUAGAGAAACUGAGCCGCGCAGAGCUGCUGGCCUGGCAGAAGGCUCAGCACAUACGUGAAUAUGAACACGAGCUCAGCAGCCUCCUGAGAGAGAAGCGGCAGGAGGUGGAGAGGGAGCACGAGCGGAAGAUGGAGAAGAUAAGGCAGGAGCACCGGCAGGUGCUGGCUGAGACCAGAGAGCAAUAUGAGGCUGAGGAGCGGAAGCAGAGGACGGAGCUUCUGGGCCACCAUACCAGGGAGCUGGAGCGCUUGCAUCGCUCCCAUGAGCGGGACCUGGAGCUGUUAUGGCGGGAGCAGGAGCAGAAGCUUGAGGAUGCUCGUCGAUGCACCCGAGAGCAGGAAAAGAAGCUCCAGGACCUUGAAGCAGAGCUGGAGAGCAGAACCAAGGAUGUGAAAGCCAGGUUGGCCGAGCUGGACGUGCAGGAGGCAGCAGCCCGAAAGGAGAAGCAGCAGCUCCUGAACAAGCAGAGACAGAUGGCCCUGGAGCACGAGGAAGCCAGCAGCACCCAGCAGCACCUGGAGGAGGCCAGGAAGGAGCACGACCACCUGCUGGAGUCUAGGCGGCAACUGCACAGGGCCCUUGAGGAGCUUCGUGCCUGCAAGUUUGAGCUGGAGGCCCAGGUGGACCUGCUGCGGGGUCAGAGUCAGAGGCUGCAGAAGCAAGUCAGUGACCUGGAGGCAGAAGUGCAGAGGAAGCAGGCUGCCCUGAAGGGACUGGAUGCCCAGGAGACCAACUCUGUGCCCAGUUUCCAGCCCAGCCUCUGUCUCGAGGACCUGCAGCAGUCUCUGGGUGUGAACCGGAGCAAAGAGGCCACCCCCUCUCUCCCCAACAAGGAGUCGCCGGGGUCAUCCUUGACCAGCAUCCAGCACUGCCUCUCCGCCGAGGGCAUGGCCCUGCACAAUGCCAGGGAGUUUCUGGCACGGCAGGCCCGCUCCAUGCGGCGGCGGCAGACGGCCCUGAAGGCCCAGCAGCAGUACUGGCGCCACGAACUGGCUGACAGGCAGGACAAGAGCUCUGAGCCACCCUGCAGCAAGUCCCUGGAGGAGGCCGCUUCCACCCCUCUGGCCUCUGACAACACCCCUGAGGGAAGCCCCACGAAGAAGACAGUGACCUUCGACCUCAGUGACUCGGAAGACUCGAGCAUGGACAGCUCCGAGUCCUUCCUGCCAUCUCAGCCACCCCUGCCCCAGAGCAUCCCCCACCACAGAAUCCAGUCCCUCCACCGUAACCUGCAGCACAUCAGUAGCCAGCUCAGCGGGGUGCUUGGCAUGCUGGUCAGCCUGGACCCAUCCCUGCCGCACCUCACCUCCACGCCCCUGCAGCCCCAAGCCCCCAUGGCCGCCUGCCCCACCUUGCUCUCCACCUCCUCAUCCACAGCCCUCACAUCCACCCAGUGGGCCUGGGCUCUGCGCUCCCCUCUCUCCUCCGUGACGCAGACCGUGGACGAUUUCCUGGUGGAGAAGUGGCACAAGUAUUUCCCCACUGGUGUCCCAUUCUUCAGCUGUGGCUCUGCCUCUCAGGGGAACAGGCUGGGUUAUGUGUCAGCCAGCGAACAGCUCCGCCUCCUCCAGCGCUCCCACCCUAGAGUGCCCGAGGUGGGCGGCAGCAACCUUGAGGACAUGCUGGAGGCCAACCGGAAGUGGCUGCGAUGGUACAAGAAUGACCCCAAGUCGCAGCUCUUCCCUGUGCCCAAGCCCACAACAUCUUCCAGACUCCUACAGCUGGGCCUGGAUCAGCAGAACAAACUGAACGUGCAUUAUUACUGAGGUGUUGGGCCUGGCUUUGUCUUCUUGGCCACACAAAGGGAGCAGCUUUGGGCUCCGUCGGUGGCUGCUGGCCCUGGCCCAAAUGGGUCUCAGUGUGGACAUGGUGCUCGUGCAGUUUCCAGGGCCCUGCACUGGCGGCGUCAGCAGAGACAGGCAUCUCCACCUUAAAGGUGCUAGAUCCCACCUUGAGUCCACCAGAACCAAGACCACUAUGUUCAGUCUGGCCCAGAUCUCCUUGCUGAUCCCUCAGCCUCCGGGAAGUGUGGCCAUAUCCUCUCCUGCUCCCCUUAUCCCCUUCUCUCAGGAUUGGGCUCAGUUCCAGAGCCCUACUGGGAAGGGGGUGCAGGCACCCAGCCCCUCCAGUUCGAUUCUCAGGAAGUCACACACCAUCGGAACCAUGGGGUGACUGGAGGGCCCCCUCCAGCUCUCUUUCCCACUGCCUGGGUUCCUUCCCGGGUUUGGUGCCCAUUGCUUUUCCACCAGAGCCCCUUGCAAAGGGUCUGGACUGACCUGACUAUCAGGUGUUUAUGCUCCCCUUUGGCAUCUGAGGGGCACAGGGUGUGUUCUGACCAUUGCCCAUUUAAAGGCCUAGAAAGCCAUGGGACUUCCCUUCCCAUCACUGUUGGCCAGCUCUGGGACCAGCCUGUGUUUUUUCUUUUUUACAGCAAUUAAAUCUCUGCAGGUCUGUUUUCUACAAGG